GUUGGGCGAGAAGAAUCAAUAUUAUCAUCCCAAAAGUCUUCAGGAAAUGACGUCAUGGAGGUCGCUUGAGGAUUCGUCAUAGUGAAACAUGUUCGAGUCAACAAUUCACAACAACAGCGUGUAAUUCGUAGCAAAGACCACUAGUGGGCAGUAAUUAUGGUUUCCGUUUAAAGUUGUCUAUAUAUCUGUAUAAAAGAAGAACAAGGCACAGCACGACCUGUCAAGUGAUGUUUUUCCCCUCGGUCACUCCCGCCAAGGUGUGUGUGCCAUCCUGUCAGUAAAGGGUGCACAUCUCUUGUAGUGCGCUGAAAUGAAUAUGGCACUAAACACUAACAAGUAGCUUGAUAUCCCAUGGGGGUGGUUACCACCAUGGCCCCAGACUCCUCCCUGCAAACUCAAGCCCUUCCCCCUCCUCCUGGCAAGCCAUGUGCUAGUGGCCCAGUUCUUACCCACAGCUUAGAGGUGGGUCUUGAACCUCGAGGGAAGCACUAUGUUUGUGGCUCGGUGGCUGCUUUUACCAACAUCCUCAUCACCUUCCCGAUCCAGAAGGUGCUGUUCCGGCAGCAGCUGCAUGGCCUGCGAGCCACCGAGGCAGUACGUCAGCUACAGAAAGAAGGUUUACGAACCCUGUACCGUGGUCUGCUGCCCCCGCUGUUGCAGAAAACGGUCACGGUGGCUCUCAUGUUUGGCCUGUAUGAGGACUUCUCGCGACUGCUUUUGGAACACGGCAGGUCUUACGGCGCUCCCGAAAUUCUCACGCGCAGCACGGCGGCGUUUCUGGCCGGUACAGCCGAGGCAGCGCUGACACCGUUCGAGCGUGUGCAGACGCUGCUCCAAGAUCACCGGCAUGCCGGGCGUUUCCGUAACACGGCGCACGCUUUUGGUUCACUGCUGCGUCAGCAUGGAGUGAGUGAGUGCUACCGCGGCCUGAUGCCCGUGCUGUUGCGCAACGGCCCAAGCAACAUGCUCUUCUUCGGACUUCGUGGGCCUCUACGGCAACUGCUGCCUGAAGCCCACACCCAUGCCGGACACAUGCUGAACGACUUCGUGUGCGGCGGGCUGCUGGGAGCUGGACUUGGCGUCCUCUUCUACCCAUUAAAUGUGGCAAAGUCCCGCGCACAGGCACAGGUUGGUGGUGCGUUUGUGCCCUGCACCCAGGUGCUCCUGACGGUGUGGAGGGAGCGGGGCAGGAGUGUCGUGAUGCUGUUCCGUGGCGCGACUCUCAACUACCACCGCUCGUUGCUCUCAUGGGGCAUCAUCAAUGCAACAUACGAACUGCUUCUUAAAGUCAUAUGAGGAGAGAGCAAGGGAUGAGGAAAGAGAGCUGAAAGGAAAGCUAAUGAUAGCUGACGAUAUUUGUUCUUUGCCACAGCACAGAGCUUAAGGGCACUGCCAUUACCUUUUGUAUUCACUUUCAAAUUAAACAGAUAUCUUCAUUAAAAGGAAAGAUAAUUCUGCUAUGUUUCCUUAAAUGUUCCUUUAUAUUAAUCAUAAUAUACUCUCCUGUCCUUCACUGAGACGCGGCUUAAAAGAUGGGCUUUAGAGAUGGAAAUCAAGAUUAAGUGUUAUAUAACUGAACAGCAUUUGCCUAUGAAAUGUUCGUGAUGUUAUUUGUAAUAAUCACAAUAAAACACACUGAUUGUUACCUGGA